AUGGAAGGGGCAGACGUACCACCGUUGAAGGAAAAGAAGGGCUUGAAAACGGUUUGGAACAGAAUUAAGGACUUCUUUAGAGAGCAACCCACCGCUGCACAACCGGCUGUGUCUGCCACUAUCACACCAUCUGUUCCCGCACCUCCUGUCGCUCCCCAAAUGCAAGCGGCUGAGGAGACUCCCAAAUCGGCAACUCCAAUCGAGCAUUCGCCUGAACAAGAAACCGUCAACAUAGACAAAGAAAGAGAUCAGCCUAUUGAGCCUGGCUCGACAUCAUCACAAGAACCUGUUGAUACCAAGGACGCCACAGCCGAGUCACACAUGCGGUUCACCAAAGCGCAAGCCAUCUUUGCCCGACACAACCUAGAACUAGAUGAAACAGAAUGGGAACCGAGGCUCCUCGACCCGGGGCUGAAGGUGGAACGUGCCAUGAAUGCCGGACUGGGUUUGAGGCAGAUGCUGAAGAAUGUCCCAACUGCCACCACAAAAUUUGCGAGAGAUGUCUGCAUGAAGCCACCAUUACAGUCGACCCGAGUCACGAAACCGGCCAAGAAGCAUCUCAAGCCGAACAGGUGA